ACCUUCAUUUAUUUUAGAUUCAUCUCAGAAAAGACAGCCAAUUUAAGUCUUAGGAAUUGACAGAAAGAAGCAAUUGUUGAGCGCAAUCAAGUACAUUUUAAGAAUGAUGAAUUCAGAGACCGAUUAUACUUUGUGUAAUUUAGAUGCUCAUUCUUACGGGACGGGUGGUUAUAACGUGAAUACGGGCGAUCAGAAUGGUGGAUCUUUGUAUGGGUAUUCUAUGAAUACUCGCUCGAUUGACACCGGACAAACAGGCUACUACGCAACCGAAAGUGAAACAAUUAAUCUUGGACAUAACACUGUGGAUCUAUCCCUCGUGAAUGGACAUGUCGUAUCUCAACACCAAAGCAUUAGCUAUAACACAAACGUGAACAAUUCUAUGAUGGGCAGAGCAGGAUCGAGAACCGGGUACCCAGAACUUGACGGACAGUUAAACACUUACGACCCAUAUACUGGACUCUCAGCCAUUACUUGCGACACUCAAGCGACCCAUGGAGGGAUACCCCCGCACUCGCCGAGCGCGGGACGAGCGGUUUACGGAAGCCCGUGCAUUGAUACCAUGGGCCACUGCGCAAUCCCGAACGGAACCCAUAACGGCUACCUCCAGCACUCCCAGAUGACGCCGCCGUCACCGGUCAAGUCCGAAUCCCCCUCGCCUCAGAGCUUGAACAGCAAACCUUUUCGCUGGAUGCAGAUAAAGAGAAACCCCGGAAAACAAGGUACUGUGCCCCCAGUAACCAAACAGGCCGAGUACGGCUACCCCACAACUCAAGCGACCCCUCAGACCGGCGCUGGUGCGAAUAUGGGACGAACCAACUUCACCAACAAACAGCUUACAGAGUUAGAGAAAGAGUUUCACUUUAACAAGUACCUUACACGAGCCAGGCGCAUCGAAAUUGCUGCGUCGCUUGGACUAAAUGAGACACAAGUUAAGAUUUGGUUUCAAAAUCGGAGGAUGAAGCAGAAGAAGAGGAUGAGAGAAGCACAAUUUAAUGCGUCAAACAGAGAAAACUGUCAAAUUGGACUCGAUUCUCUUGGUGUGACUUCUUUAGCAAUGUGUCAAGACACGAGAUAAACCGGAAGUGAGGUCUACCCAUAAGAGGACACCCUGAAUAAAGCAUAAUGUUGUUUGUAGAAUUCCUUACGUUUUGGCCUGUUGGCUGAAAUCACGUGACUAAAUUGCAUUUGUCAAUACGCGUUAACUAACCAAUGACUGUACUGUAUCUAGUCAAACAUGAUCACGUGACCUAGUCAGUGGUCACGUGGUAAUAACAUUGGACUGCGUUUAAAAUGUUGAGGUGUUGUGUGCAUCGUCGCGCAUAGUCAAAGUGCAAUAUACUGCUCCAAUGCACGUGGGCUUUGAGAUGACAUUUAACGAGCAUUUAGCUUAAUGAUCAAAAAUGCUGCCUAAUAGCGGACGGAAGGAAAACAAAUUGUGACCAGAACAUACAUUGUCAAGUACAAUGUGUGAACAAAGCAUAAUACCCAAAGUUGUCAUACAAGAAUACCUCAAAAUACCAACAGACCCAAAACGUUAACCAAAAGAAAGAUUUGGACUGGAAUAUUCUGAUAUUGAAAAUAGAUUCGUUAUAGUCUGUAUGGAAUUGGUUUCUGUUCUUAUUCAUACAAGUUAUGUUUACAAAUAAAUAAUAAUCUCACAUUUGUUUGUGCAAAUACAAUGACAUUGGAUGUCUCUGAAUUGAAAGACAUGUUUUGUUUUGAAAUAAUCGUAACAAAAAGUUUUCGAUGAAGAAUAUAAGAAACAUUCCGGCGGUAUAUCAAGAGAAGCCAGGGUUAGUGACCACGUGACUUCAAAUGGGUUAUCACAUGGGUCACCACGGGCCACACGUGUAGAAGCAGAUAAAGCAUAGUCUUUUAUAGGCUGAGAAAUAUUUUAAUAUAUUUUCUGUCAAAAAGGUUAUUUAGAAAUUAACGUCACUUACUUGUUUGUUUACAUCGUUUGUGGCCCGUGGUGACCCAUGUGAGAACCCCUUUAAAUCACGUGACUCAUCACCCUGUAAGUGUUAACCAUAAGGCAUUGCAAUUGUUUUGUUUUUCGAACGCUCAUGUAUUUCAUUAUCAUACACAUGUGUAUCUAUCUAGUCAUGCGUAGUUACUAUUUUAUUUAUUGGAUACCGGCGCGCAUUGUUUUAAGGGCAAAUAUGUAUAAAUUUUGCUUGAAAACUUAAUUGUUUCAUUUUCUUUUAAAUGUCUUUUAAAUACAUGUACUGGAGGCAGGGUCUCAAAAAAUGUGUAUAAAUAAAGCCAUUCAUGUUUAGAUGUGCUCACUCCAUAGUGAAAUUCAAAAUUAAAGAGUGUUUACUGUAACAUAUUGCUUACCAUUAUUGAUUAAAGCGUGCUCUCUCACAGAUUGUUUUUAUGUUACACUUUUUUUUAUUUUUUUGUCUUCGAAUGAACCAUUUUUUUGCGUUAAUGUCUGAAAACCUGUAAUAUUGGACUGCUGACAAAGAACAGGUCGAACUUGUUCAAUUUUAAGUUCGAAAAUUGAUUAUUUAUGGCUAAAAGUUUUACUAACGCUUUAAGAAAAAUGAAAUUUUCGGAAGUUUUUCAAACAAUUGAGAUCUGUUCUAUUGUGAGUUAUCUUAUAUGAUUGCAUUGAAGGCAUUGGUGCCCAGCUGAUUCUGAGACGAAAAAAAUGAAAAAAUGGUCAAGACUGUCAAUCUGUGUGAGAAUGCAUCUGCUUUAAGAGAAUAUGAACAUUACAAUGUAUGAAUUAAUACAAUAUUUCUGGAGUGGUAUUCAAUAUGCAACUUAAAUCAAUCUUAUAGUCAAACAUCAUCGACUUCAUUCAUUGUAUACGCCCGCUAUUUAUAUCACACACUCCGAUUAGCUACAUCGUUCUAAAAUCCAAUUAAGACCAAUAUUGAAUAUCACCCUAGAGCAGAGUGUCAGCUUCCAUCUGUUUGCUGGUUGAAGCAAUCAAUGGUCCUAAUCAAAACCAAAAAAUAUUUCGAUAUGGUUCUAUCAUAUUUUGCCAUUUAGUCAUACACUUUUGGGUACAUACAUAUUUUCAUUAAAUUUAGCGUUUUAAAUGCUUAUUAUAGAGUCUGAGUGUUCUAUAUUUUAUAUUUAUGAGGAUUUGAGUGGAAUUCGUGAAGGGUUGUUUUUUGUGCUCUAUGGUUUUAAUUUUCAUAUACGCUCACUUUAUUAACUAAUUAGCAUAAUAACAAAUGCAUAUCUUAUUUUCAUAUAUAUCGACUUUUUUAAAUCUUAUAAAUAUGUUUUUAUGCCUUAAUUUGUUUUUUAUUCGUGCAUUUUUUAUUGUUUUUUUAAAACGUGCUUUUACUAAAAUAUUCCACUAUGCUUAAAAUGUCUGAUCCAUGUUUACAUGGUUAAAUACCCUUAUUAAAAAGAGCAAAAAGAGUAUUUAACAUAUUAAAACAUAAGUUUUUUGGUUCAUAAUUAUGACGCAUGUUAUAUAUGGAUGUAGAACAAAUUACAUUGAUAUUACGAUUUGCAUUUAAAAUGAACUCUUAAUAUAUAAAAUGCAAAAACACACAUUUUACAUUUCAUGUACCUUAUUAAAACAUAGUUUUGUCUUUAUAAAUAUGACGCAUGUUGAUAUAUGGAAGUAGAUCAAAUUACAUUGGUAUUACGUUAAGCUCUUAAAUUGUACACAGAAUUAACACGUUUGGAAAUCAUGAGCUGGGUUUUUUUUAUUUUAGAUAAUUUUCUGUAACGAGGAUUUUUUGGGCAUUCUGUGAAAAAUAAACUCAUUCGUUGCCGAAUUAGGACAAUCAAAUUUGUAACGUUUUGACCGUCUUUAGUCGUAAACUUGUUUUUCGUAAAUAUGUGCUUUUUAUGUCGCUCUGUUCUGACACAAACAUAUUGCUUGAAACACAUGUAAUUCUUUACCGCAUUAAAUGUUAUACGCUAAAUUUUGAAAUAAACAAAACACACACGAAGCACACACUUAUUUCUGAAUAAAAUGCAUUUAAGUGAACUCAUUUCUUAAUUAAAAAUGAUUUUUUAUAAAAAAAAAAUCUAUUUCUUUUCGAGUUUUUUUUUCUGUGAAAAUCUUACAUUUUUUUUCUUCUUUUUUCAGCGUUAAAACAUUCUUUAAACUGGCCUUACAGAUAAAUGUUUAUUUUUGUUGCGAUUUCUGUGUAUUUGUCAAGUUGAAAUGGUUUAGUUAUCUAAAUUGCACAUUCUAAUCACGUUUAUGUAAAUUGCAUUGUGUUGUAUUCAUGUAAAACCAUUUGAAAGAGCCCGAUUUUAUUGGAACUUAUUUUGUUGUACUGUGACCUUCGUUACUUGACGUAAUUGCAUUUAUAAUUACAUUGUAUGAUGACGUAAAAUAUUAAACAUUGUUAAAUUUUAUAAAA